AUGGCUCUUUCCGAGAGGAUGCGCGACACUGUCGAAAGUAUAGUGCCCAAGAUCGCCACUCAGGUUGCCCAGCGGAGCUCCAGCAAUCCGCCCGUCGACCUUGGCACAGCGGAGAACUGGUUGAUCAGAUCCGAGCUGGUGGACUUUUUCAAAGAUGCCAUCAGCAAAAACCUCGUGGAGCAAGAUCUAUCCUAUCAAAAGGGAUUCGCGGGGGAUCCCAAUGUCAUAGCAGCAUUGGCAGAUACCUUCAACAGGUUGUUCUCUCCCAGAAUUCCAGUCGAGCCGUCUCACAUAGCGGUCGGGCCGGGCGGGGCAGCCAUAUUGGAGUCACUACUCAUUAAUAUAUGCGAUUCGGGGGACGUGAUGCUGGUGUUGGCACCAUUUUGGAGCGGCUUCCACUUCCAAUUCAACGUUGGCCCAAAAGUUGGGAUUGUGCCCGUCACCUCGCUGGAGGAGAACGUGUUCAACGAAAACGUCGUGAAGGAUUUGGAAGACGCGCUCGCAAAGUCGGAGAAGCAGGUCAAGGGCGUUGUCCUCUGCAAUCCACACAACCCUUUGGGCCAGUGCUAUACAAAAGGGGCCCUGGAAGCCAUCGCCAAAUUCUGCGAGAAGCACGACCUUCACCUCAUCUCGGAUGAGAUAUAUGCCCUCUCGAUAUACAAUUCAGUCGACUUGCCGCACCCCGAGCCGUUCGUCUCCAUCUUAAACCUGGAUUUCGAGGAGAUCAAAGUGAACCCUGCCCGGGCCCACGUCAUAUGGAGUGUGAGCAAGGAUUUUGGCUGCAGCGGAUUUCGACUGGGUGCACUUGUGAGCCAGGGCAGCCCUGCCAUGGCCUGCGGAGUUGCCAUGGCUGCCAAUACGCAGGUGUCUGGGCUGACAGCAGUCGCUGUCACAGCGCUGUUGUCUGACCCGGCAGUCACUGACAGAUUCAUCGGCCUGAACAGGAGCAGACUCUCGUCUGCUUACGAGAGUAUGGCAACUUUCCUCCGCGCUCACAACAUCCGGUACAUUCCUGCCAACGCAGGCAUCUAUGUCUGGGCAAAGCUGUCUAGCAAGGUGACGAAUUGGGAGCAGGAGGCAAAAUUGACAGAGCUGUUGGCGGAGAAGAAGGUCGCGGUCAGCGCCGGAAAGUCGUACGCAGCCGCCGAGCCGGGCUGGUACCGUCUUUCUUUUGCGCUAAAACCAGAGCAGCUGGAAAGGGGACUUGAGCGAUUGGGAGAGGGAAUUGAGGCAUUCGAGAAGCUUCAUGUAUGA